AUGAGAACUCCUCUUCACUGGGCGGCUGCAAAUAGCCACCAUGAAACUGUAUCAGCUUUGGUGACAGCUGGUGCAGAUGUGAACGCACAGGACAAGAGGCAAAGUUCUCCCCUGCACUGGGCAGCCGAGAAUGGCAACCAUGAAACCGUACCAGCUUUGCUAAAAGCUGGUGCAGAUGUGAACGCAAAGAAUAAGAAACAACAUUCCCCCCUGCACCUGGCAUCCGAGAAUGGCGACCGUGAUACUGUAUCAGCUUUACUGAUAGCUAAUGCAGAUGUGAACGCACGGGACAAUUGUCAAAGUUCUCCUCUGCACCGGGCAGCUCUGACUGACAACCAUGAAACUGUGUCAGCUUUACUGAACGCUGGUGCAGAUGUGAACGCACUGGACAAGUGGAGAAACACCCCCCUCCAUGGUGCAGCUAGACGGGGCCACCCAAAGUGCGCGGAAAUACUGCUGCAGCACUGGGCUGAUACCGGCAUCAGGAACAAGAAAGGUCGAACGGCAAAGGAUAUCGCAGCAGAUGAGGACACCAGGGGCUGUAUAACUGCAAACACCAAAGAAGAGAAAGAACGAGUCAUUAAUGGUAGAAAAGAAAUACUGAGGCUUCUUCAAGAACAAAAUAAUGGAGUCUCCAAACGUAAGAAGGGAUACGAUCCUGUACUUGUCCGGUUCUAUGAAGAAAGAGGAAUGACCAAGGCGAAGAACGAUUGUCCUUUGAUACAAGAAGCAGCGAAAGAGAGCGGGAAAACUGUAGACCAAGUGAAGAAUUUUAUCGGCAACUACCGUUCGAGUAAGGGCGGUGGUAAGAGUAGCCUGCCCACAGACGACACGGCAGCUAGGAACAGUGGGUUCACCGGACAUCAUGAAGAUUCGGGAAAGUCGGGGGAGCCAGACGAAUUCGAGGAAACCAUGGCGGAAUGCUUAGCGGAACAACAAGAAUCACACACAGAGACAUUGUCACGAACGCAUGAAGCAGUCCAACAUCAUACCGAUAUGAACAACCCUACAGAGACGACUCAGGUUAAACAAGCGGAUGAAGCUGUGAAUGACAGGAGCAAAGCGUCUCAGAAACAACCAAAGAAAGGUGGAAAGAGGAAAUCCAAAAAGCGGCAUGCUGAUGAGUCCAGCGAUAGUGGCCCCAUGAGAAAGCGACCGAAGCAAGCUGUAGCCCAGCCUGCUGCCAUCACCAUUGCUGAAGUGACAGAAAACGGAACCGGGGUGAGAAUCAGAGGGGCAACUGUAGCCCGGCCUGGUCCCAUCACCAUUGCUGAGGCGACAGAAAACAGCAUCAGGACCACCUGGACAGAGGCAGCUGGCUCCAAAGACAGCUACAGGAUCAGCAUUUCUACUAAUGAUGGUGUCACCGGUCCUAGUGCAAGUGUGAGCGCUGGAGACCCACUGGAACACAUCUUCACUGGUCUGACAGCAGGAACUGAGUACACCAUUAGUGUUGUAACUGUCUGUGGUGGGGUGAACAGUUCUCAAAGAACAAAGGCGCAGAGGACAACUGUAGCCCAGCCCGGUGCCAUAAACUUUACUGAAGUGACAGAAAACAGCAUCAGUACCACAUGGACAGCUGCGGCUGGAGCCAAAAACAGCUACAGGAUCAGCAUCAAUCCCGACACUGGUGUCCCCAACUCCGCUGUAAGUGUGAGCGCUGGAAAACCACGGGAACACACCUUUACUGGUCUGACAGCAGGAACUAAGUACACCAUUAGUGUUGUAACUGUCAGUGGUGGGGCGAACAGUGUGGCAAGAACAAAGAAACAGAGGACAACUGUAGCCCAGCCUGGUCCAAUCAUCAUUGCUAAAGUGACAGAAAACAGCAUAAGGAUCACCUGGACAGGUGCAGCUGGCGCCAAAGACAGCUACAGGAUCAGCAUCUCUCCUACUGAUGGUUCCACUGCUCGUAGUUCAAGUGUGAAUAGUGGAGACUCACUGGAACACACCUUCACUGGUCUAACAGCAGGAACUGAGUACACCAUCCGUGUUGUAAGUGUUAGUGGUGGGGGGAAGAGUUCUCCGUCAACAAGGACACAGAGAACAACUUUAGCCCAGCCCGGUGCCAUAAACAUUACUGAAGUAACAGAAAACAGCAUCAGGGCCACAUGGACAGCUGCGGCUGGAGCCAAAAACAGCUACAGGAUCAGCAUCAAUCCCGACACUGGUGUCCCCAACUCCGCUGUAAGUGUGAACCCUGGAAAACCACGGGAACACACCUUUACUGGUCUGACAGCAGGAACUGAGUACACCAUCAGUGUUGUGGCUAUCAGUAGUGGGAAGUGCAGUGUGGCAAGAACAAAGACACAGAGGACAACUGUAGCCCAGCCCGGUGCCAUAAACAUUACUGAAGUGACAGAAAGCAGCAUCAGGGCCACAUGGACAGCUGCGGAUGGAGCCAAAAACAGCUACAGGAUCAGCAUCAGUCCCGACACUGGUGUCCCCAACUCUGCUGUAAGUGUGAACGCUGAAGACCCACUGGAACACACCUACACUGGUCUGACAGCAGGAACUAAGUACACCAUUAGUGUUGUAACUGUCAGUGGUGGGGCGAACAGUGUGGCAAGAACAAAGACACAGAGGACAGCUGUAGCCCGGCCUAGUACCAUCACCAUUGCUGAAGCGGCUGAAGACAGCAUCAGGAUCACCUGGACAGAGGCAGAUGGUGCCAAAGACAGCUACAGGAUCAGCAUCUCUCCAACUGAUGGUGCCACUGCUCCUAGUAAUAGUGCAAGUGUGAAUAGUGGAGACCCAACGGAACACACCUUCACUGGUCUUACAGCAGGAACUGAGUACAACAUCAGUGUUGUAACUGUCGGUGGUGGGGAGAUCAGUGUGGCAAGAACAAAGACACAGAGGACAAAUGCAGCCAAACCUGGCCCCAUCACCAUUGCCGAAGUGACAGAAAACAGCAUCAGGAUCACCUGGACGGAAGCAGCUGGAACCAAAGACAGCUACAGGAUCAGCAUCUAUAAGAAUGUUGGUCCCACCGCUCCCACUGUAAGUGUGAAUACUGGAGACCCACUGGAACACACCUUCACUACGUUAACAGCAGGAACUGAGUACACCAUCAGUGCUGUAACUGUCAGCGGUGGAGAGUGCAGUGAUCCAACAACAAAGGUGCAGAGGACAAAGUUCACGUCUGUUCUGUUGGUUAACGGCGAGUACGGUACCUCCCAUGGAGGUCCCUCUACAACAAACCGUCAGGUGGCAAAGUUUCUGAAACGGCAUGGUGCUACAGUUCAUGCUACGGCACUGCAAGCAUCAGAAGAUGACAAGAGGUGUGCCAAAGAUGAUGGUGUCAUUUUGCAUCUGCCUAUUCAAGACCCCAGGGACAAGAGGACGCCUUCUUUGGAAUGGUUGACCUACUACCACAUUAUUCACUACCCAGACAUACCACGGGAUCUGAAGUGCAUAGUGGGAUUUGUAGAUGUUACAAGUGAAGCUGCGAAGAGGAUACAAGAAGACCGUUGUCAGCGUGCAAAAUUGAUCCUUUUCAACCACGACAUGCCAGAAGACACGGAGUACUACAAGGGAACUAAGAAGGCGACAAAGAUGGAAGACAUCCUUGAGGAUGCCAAAAAUGCAGAUGCCGUGUUCUCCUUGGGAAGAAGGAUCUACAACUACUUCGAGACGAAGUACAAGUCAUUGGGAGACAGCAAACCACGCCAGCACUUUUUGUUUCUCCCAAGACCAUCCCCAGUGUUCGAAGCCAUCUCUGUUAGUCCAGGAGGAGGAGAGAAAGUCGUGCUAGCGCUGUCUGUCGGGAGAGUGACCGAAAUGGACAAGCUGAAAGGCCAUGACCUGAUAGCACGGUCCAUGGGGGAGGUCGCAGAGAAGAUCACAAACGUCAGUUUGCAUGUUCGCGUGAUAGAUGAAGAUGACUGGGAUGCGAGCAAGAGUAUCCUGGAGGAGAACCUGCACAGUGGUAAGAUCAAACCCACUCUGCUGCCGUGUGGAACCCAAGAGGACAUCGCUCGGGACAUGCAGCAGGCCCACCUGGUCCUGAUGCCGUCCCGUGCCGAGCCGUUUGGACUUAUUGGUCUGGAGGCCAUCGCAGCAGGCAUCCCGGUACUCAUCUCUGACAAGUCAGGCCUGGCAGACAUGAUCAUGGAUUUGAUCGAGGAGGAGAAGUGCCAUCCAGAUAUUAGGCACAGGAUUGUAGAAACCAGCGUGAGGGAGUCCGAUCUAGAUGUAGCUGCAAAAGAAUGGGCAAAGAAGAUCGUGGACACGUUGAAACACUCUAAACAUGAAUUCGACAAAGCAGCAAAAUACAAGAAGAAGCUCUUAGAGUCCAAGUACUGGGAAGAGUCACACCAAAACCUGCUGCGGGUCUGUGGCUUGAUUGACUGACUCUAGAUCGCGUCUACUCCACUCCGCAUGUCAUUCACUCUUCCGCGGGUCAGAUUCCGUAUCGCUCAUCCUGAUGCACAGACUUUCAAUGUCAUCAUUACUGUGUGUAUAUAUUCCAGAGCAAAGCAAAGUAAGACUUAACAAUGACCUCAUCUAUUAGUGGCCAUGUAUAGUUUCAAAGAUGUAUUCACUGGUGUUGACCAUUUUUAUGCCUUCUCUAUCAUGUACAUUCUAACCAGGGCAAAGUAACCAGUUGGCUUGGAACUACUGUAGGUGUAGGUUGAUGUAGCUAGCUAUGGGAACUUUUGUACAGACAUUGCAAGGUGCCCUCCUUCCAUACAAGCUUCAUACAUUGUAAUGAAUUGAACUACCCUGCAAAAUAUCUAACUUAACUGGCUUCAGCACUAAUUCGUGUGGUAAUACCUGUGUUGCAAACAUUGUCAUUGCCAUUGUGGUUAAAGUUGUACAACUUAAAAUUUCUGCUGUUUUAUACGUUAUUGGCAAAAUAAUGGUCUACAAACCAUAACGGCCACAUUGUCCUUAUUUUACUAAUCUGUAUCUUAGCUUCAUACAAGAUACACACGUUAGGUAUCAACUAUAGAUUGUCCGCCCCGGAAGUUUCUUUAUCGGUUACAUCUUCUUCAUAUUAUUUUCACUAAAGAAUAGAAAAAAGGCUAUGAUAUUGGAGCUCUUGAAUAGGUAGAAUAUUUCUCGCUAAAAUCGCCUUUCUGUAGAAGAGAAAGGUAACAAAAGAGGCAAGCUGAACAAA